CUAAAAAAGUGUUUGAAAAUUUGUGUAAAGUUGUAUAAAAACUGAAAAUGAGUUCUUUAUCCUACCAAACGGAGCCCUAGUAUUUUGGUGCUAAAAAAAUCUUUUUAACACCUUGGUGAUUUUUCUUCUUGGGAAAAGUUACCAUUUGAGCUCCUGUUUAGGGAAUUGAAAACCAUGGAAGGCUACAUUGCUAUAUGGUCCACCCGGGACAGGGAAGACCGACGUGGCAAACGCGAUUGCAACAGACGCAGGCUCAGCUUUCUUUAGGUAAAUAUUUAUAUUUUGACCAAUACCAAUACAUUGCAAGCAACUGGAUUACAAUAACUGAUAAUUAUGCAUGGCAAGAGAAGAAAGAACUAAUCUUCAUCUUCUAAAUGGUAAUACAUAUUGCUAAUUGCACUUAAUUGUGAUUCUUAUAUUUUUGAAGUCUAUGUGGCUUUUCUUCUCCAUGUUUCAGUUUUCCUGCAUAAUUUCUAUGCAAAUUAACUCGUGACUUAGGCAGCAAUUCACAAUCACAUACUAUUCUUAUUCUCACCCAUUUUCUAUAGAUUUUACUUGCUAUUAAAGGCCUAGAGUAGAAAUACAAUGUCCAAUAAUUGAAAUGAUGGACAAAAAGUAUUCUUGUUGAAAUGUAAGAUAUUUGAGUUUCAGCAAAUGUGGACUUGAGGGUUUUCUGUUUUUUGUUUUUUUAAUGGAGCCUUGAGUUCUUAAUAUUUUAUAUUGUUGACGCAGCUUAAUUUCUUACUUCAUAUGGUUGGAUCUUUGAGUCCUUUCAUAUGCUUUUUCAAUGCAGUUAUCACAUUAUUGGAAUCUGUUGAAUUUCUUAAUUCAUCAUCUACGCCAUUAUGCUUCAAUUGAUUCACAUCUACGAUUGUUUUGAUGUCUACUUCUUCCAAUUAGUUAUUUUGGGGUGCAUUAUUACAACUCAUGUACAAAAUUCCCAUAGAUGUAGAUGUGUUUGCUCUGUAAUCAUUCAAUAUAGAUGGAAUGUUGCCAACACAAUUAUAUGUGUACUGUCUAUACACAGUGUUUUGGCAUCGAACAUUGUGUCCAAAUGGAUGGGAGAAGGUGAAAAGAAACUUAAGAAAGUCUCAAAUUUUUUCAAUAUGCUCGUGAUGAAGCUCCAUCCAUUAUUUUUAUUGAUGAAAUUGAUUCCUUAUGUGGCCCACGAGGUAAUGACAAUGAGAAUGAAGCCUCUCGACGAAUCAAAACAGAAUUUCUUGUACAAAUGCAGUGGCAUAUUGGGGAAACUCCUCAUAACCUUGGUACAGAGGAUUUUCAGUAUUUAGCAAGCAAAACAGAUGGUUUCUCUGGUUCAGGUAUAUCCAUUUGCGUUAAAAUGCACUAUAUCAGCCUGUUCGUGCAACUCUUGAUGCUGAAUUCUUCAGAGAAUAUUCUCCAGGCAUGUGGGUCCAUUGCGAAGGUGAUCACCCAAAAGCUGAGAAGUGUACCUUCGAGGAACUUAAAGCAAAAGUCAAAGCUCCAAAGAUCCAGCUACCACCCAACACAAGCAGAUUUUGAUAGUGUGCUUGAGAAACAAAAGCCAACUGUGAGUAAAGCUGAAAUUGAUGCGUGUGAGAAAUUCACCAAGGAUUUUGGGAUUGACGGUUAAGGGCGAAAAAUGUAGAGGCAGAUAUUAUUAUUUCUGAAGUUUCUUCCUAUUGUGUUUCUAAUUAUGGUUUUUUU